AUUGGCUGUCGGUGAUAAUCGGUCAACAAGAGGACCGGAGGGAGGCAGGAGGGCACAGUGCAGCACGUUAACAGCUACUUACACUCCUAAUUAGUUGUCCUAAGCGAUUUACUCGCUUUCUUUAUUUGAGACACUAAGCUCGUUUCGGGGCGGACAAUGUCUUUGUGUCGCACGGGGAGACUGUCUACAGCGGCUCUGGAUCAGGUUUUCAAGGCAACUGCCUCGUUUCUAGUGCAAGUUAAAGCGAACAGACUGAGGGACGUCACUUUGACAUUACGCAAGGGCCACACGUUUCAGCUGUACCGGUGUUUCUGUGUUUCCGUCGGGGUUGUCGAUUCAACUCUUGUGCAACUGAGGAAACAACAACAACAACAACAACAACAACGGGACCUGCAACCCGCCCAGAACUGGGACCCAUCGUCUGGUUUUGUAUCCACGGACUGGGGACACUUGGACCGGGGGGCUGCUAUAGCUGUUAGUCUCUCCAAAAGCGUGCAUAUAGCAGGCGGUAAUUUAGAUAUUGCCAGGCAGCCGCUCGUUCACGCGAGCAGGCGCUACAGCAGCAGAGGAGAGGCGGGUAAUGUGUUGUUUACAGGUAGCGGGGGGGUUAACAGUGCACGGUGCUCCGCCAGGACCAUGCAGACCAGAGCCGCAGCCACGAAGAAGAGCGACGCCGGCGAGGGCCAGACGGCUGACAACAACAACAACACGGGGGAGGAGCAGAAUUUAAAGCAGUUCUCUUCCACAUCUUCAUCUGCCGCGAAGGCCCCGGAGGAGCCAGAGGGAGGAAAACCCAACAAGACCCAGCAGCUAAAAAAAGUCUUUAAGGAGUAUGGAGCUGUGGGAGUUUCCUUUCACAUCGGGAUCUCCCUCAUGUCCCUGGGAAUGUUCUAUCUCCUUAUAUCCAGUGGGAUCGAUAUGGCGUCCAUGCUGUGCAAACUGGGCUUCAGCGAGACAGUCGUUCAGUCUAAAAUGGCAGCAGGAACGAGUACGUUCGUCUUGGCCUACGCCAUCCACAAGCUCUUCGCUCCUGUUCGCAUCAGCAUCACGCUGGUGUCCGUGCCUCUAAUCGUGCGCUACUUCAGAAAAACUGGUCUCUUUAAACCACCCACUCCUGCACCCUGAUGACCCUUACCUCUGCUGCCUCAUCAAGCAACAAACAUCUUGACUGUUAAUUGCCAUAAUUAAAUAUAUAUAUAUAUAUAUAUAUAUAUAUAUAUAUACACAAACACACACACACACACUUACUCAUUUGCCUUCAUCUAGAAAUGCCUCAUCUUUUCUCAGUUGUUGUUGUGAAUUCAGGUGAAACGUUUCCUACAUUAGUUCCAGUAACAGAAUCAAAGUGUUAAAUUGUGUUACUGUAGGAUUAGAAGUCUAAAGUGUUACGGCUCUCCAAAAAACAAGUGUAUUUGGAAUGUGUGCAUUCCAAAAACGAAGGCUGUUUGUUUGUCAAUAUUUAUUUACAAUCAGAAGAAUCAGGGAUUUUAAGUUCUAGUCCUAAGCUCUUUCAGUAGGCAGGUUUGUCUCUUAAUGCUGUGAAGGUUCCCUGUGGGUCAAGAAGUGGAAAAAGCUGAUCUCUCCUCCACUGUUCCCUGUUAGCUGACUAGGGCAUGUUCUGGUGUUGUAUGAAUCAGCAGAAUAAUUCAGGUUCUCUCUGUCCCUUAACUCUCUCUCCCUGUCUAUCCUUUUCUCUCCUUACUUAGCUCAGACUCUCAUGCCUACACUCUGUUUUUAUUUUCUGCUGUUUUGCUUCCCUCCUAUUUUUCUUCUCAGCAUCUCUCGUGGCAUCCAUUUUAUUCCCCUUAAAUCCCUUUGCGGUUCCUCUCCUCCCUUUUUGUCUGUCUUCUCUCCCUCUUGUUCUUUUUGCAAAUGACACUGCCCAAGAACAUUAAUCUCGAGUGAGUGAAGCUGAUUAUAGUUCAUUGCGAGUUUUGGAUGAAGAAUGUUGGUUUGUGAUUGUUUUGUUUUUUUCUGAUUUAAUGGACUGUAUUUAAUUAUUAAAAGUGAUGUUCUCCUUUA